AUGACUGGCAAACGACAACUCCAAGAGGGGCCCAAAGAGGAAGUUAAGCCCGCGCAAGCAGAUGGGCCAGUAUACUUUUGGAAACCCAGCCAGCCGCAUGGGUUCCUUAGCCAGUGGUACACGUCGAGGUUUACGGUCGUCGGGGAUAGGGAAGACGUUGAAAUCAAAUACAUGAACUGUGAACAUUAUAUGAUGCAUCGCAAAGGCAUGCUCUUCGCCCCAGACGACAUCAUCACCCAGCAAAUCCUCGCCCCCGGAAAACCAGCCCCCCAUCCCAGCACACUGAGAAGCCUUGGCCGCCAGAUCCCCAAUUUUGACGGCACAGUCUGGGGAAAGGAGCGUUUCCAGAUAGUAGUUGACGGGAACUACCUCAAGUUUACCCAAAAUGAAGAUCUUCAGACGCAGCUAUUGGCAACGGGGAACCGAGAACUCGUCGAAGCCAGUCCGAGAGAUAGGAUCUGGGGCGUGGGGUUCGGCGCGAACAAUGCCGGUGCGAUGCGGGCGAGAUGGGGCUCGAAUCUGCUAGGUAAAGCUCUGAUGGAGGUCAGAGAGAGGAUUCGAAAUGAGCAGCAUGCGCAGUCUCAAGACCCUGGUGCCGCUGUUGAAGCCCUCGUGGCGAAGAGACAGAAAGCGUGA